AUGAGAGCAUCUUUACCCGCCCACCUGCAAAGCCCCCGGAAGAUGCUCUCUACGCUCACAGGAAGCGAAUGACUCUACAUUUGUGGUCUUUGUUGCCUUUCACCCAGGUUUGACACUGUUACUUUGCAACGCAUUGUUGGACACUAGAUAAGAUGGCUUCCAUAGAAGUGCCCCCAACCGCGACUAAAUCGGCCUCAAAACCCCCCGCUAUCGACCCUGCUUCUCAACCACCAGCUCAGUCGCCAGAUCUGAUACUUGUGGCUGCCACCCCUCUCGAAUAUGUCCAGACGGCAUAUCUCAAUGCUGAAGAAUGGCAAGGGCCGCUCACUCUGGAUCAAUACCUGGAACGCGAGGUCAUCCUCCAGGCAGUCGAUUUGACAAGAGAUGGUCGCAUCACCGGGUGGAUUCUGACGUCUGACGCCUUACCCCCAAACCCCGAUGGUUCGCGACCCAUACUUGCCUGUUGUGAGAGCCUUCUAGUUCAAGCAUACGUGGCGAAAGAUGGCGUGGUGGACAGGACCCAGGCCCAUGGCAUUGCCUCGGUUUAUACGCGUCCCGAAUACCGCGGAAAAGGGUACGCUGGCAGAAUGAUGGCAGAGCUGGGGAGCAGAUUGGAGUCGUGGCAGACAGCGCCUGGUGCAACCAAUCUAUUCUCGGUUCUAUACUCUGACAUUGGCCAGAAGUUCUACGCCAGAUUCGGCUGGAAAGUGUUCCCGAGCAACCACAUUCAUCUCGCUCCGAUGGAUCAAGGUGCCUAUGCUUCCGCCAGUUCCAUGUUUCCUGCUGUUGAAGACUUAACGACGGAAGAUCUGAAGCAUAUCCCCACUGCUGAGUACCUUGAACAUCGCCUGCAUGCGAUUUCCGAGGCUAUCCCGGGCAUAAAUCAUAUUGCAAUCCGUCCUGACGUCGAGCAUUUUGAAUGGCACUUCGCCCGAGAGGAGUUCCAGACAAAAGUCUUGAAUAAAGGUUUCCCCCAAAUCAAGGGCGCCAUCCAUCGAGCCACCGGCCUUGCUCUGAUCUGGUGUCGCGUGUAUGCUGCCAAGGAGUCUGAGUGGCAACUGCAUAUCCUACACACUGUUAUCCCACCUUCGGUGGAGAAUUCAGUAGAUACCCAACACGCAAUGUCGGCACUUCUUUUGAGAGCACAAUUAGAGGCACAUCAGUGGGAGAUGGCUGCGGGUGUGGAGGUCUGGGAUCCUUUGGAGUUGGUAGUUGCCUCGGCUCAGAGGCUGAGGACAGAAGAGCAAGGCAAGGUGGAGAUCAUUUCCCGCGACAAAGAGCAUUUGUGCAGUCUCAGAUGGGCGGCGGGACCGGGCGAGGAAGUUGUUUGGCUCGCCAAGGAGAAAUACGCCUGGUGCUGAAGGCUGAGGCUUGGAGAACAGCAGCCUAACAGCGUCGUCUUUCUGAGUAUCAGAGCGCAUACGAUAACUCCCUGGUCCCGGCGAAUUUCGAGGUGAGUCCAAACUUUGUCGUUGCACAUUAGAGUCGCACAUGGCUUUGGUUAUGGACUUUCCCAAAUGGAGGCUUGAAGCUGCCUUCUAGAUUAUAUAGCGAACACAAAAGCCACGAUCUUUC